UUUCGGAGCGGGCGAUCUCGAAGAGCAGGCCGGUCUCGGCCAGAACUGCCACCUGCUCGGGGUGUGUUCCCCCUUCGGAACGGUCGUUGAGACCGCCGUUGGCGGGCUUCGUUGCCUCUCAGAACACCGAGCGCGGGCAAUGGCGUUUGUCGGAGCAUCGCGUUGCUUUGUUGCUGUUGUUGCUCCUCCUCGUUGCAUCCUGCUCCUCUUCCUCUCCUGUAUCUCCUCCAAGGGUCCUUCUCGACGGUGUGGAAGCUCUAUUGUUUACUACCCCUCCUCCCCCCUUGCUCCGUGGUUUUGUUAGGCUUGCCUGGUGUCUAUCCCACUGUUGUAUCAUAUUAUAUUAUCAUCUUCUACAUUAGUGUAAUCCAGUUUUCCUUUACAGUACUAACUUAUUUAGUUGUGCCGCUCGGAGGCGUGGGAACCAGAAAUCACGCCAAUUAUUUUGUGAAUAGAGGAUUUGUUGAACAGGACGCAGAGUCGGAGCGAGGAAGCUCCAUUGCAGAGUGAGAAGCUCCUUUCCGUCGAUAUGCUUUGUAUGUAUGUCGCGGCGGGUGUAGCUUCUUUGCAAGACUUGGGGGGAGAGUUGGUUGGUGUAUGCUAGUUGUUGUUGCGGAGGAGGAAGAAGGGAGGAGGGGAAGGAAAACGCAUUUUGGCGUGCAUUGGAUGUGUGAGGGACAGAGGUGUUUGUUGGGAGAGGAGUACGACGAGACAGGAUUUUGACUGAGAGGCUCUGACACACACUGGAGGUGAGGGGAAGGGCAAGGGUGAGGAGGGGGGGAAUUAGGGUAGGGGCAGGGCGGCCUUACGUAGGUGUGGAGCUUGAGCAUGGCAGACGCAGGUGGGUGAGAAGGGGCUGAUAGAAGUGAAAGUGUAGGGCUGGGCAAAAGCGAGGUCGAAGGGAGGAAGGCACAUUUUUUUAUGGUGGCUGAUCCUAGGACGGGCUUGAAUGGGGAAGUGAGGGUAAUGCGUAGCUCGGUGGGGGAGUGGAGCGGGGAGGUCGGCGGGAGGAACUUCAGAGCAGGUGGUGGCGUCGGUGCGAGACGGGGUGUGGAUGGUGCGCUGUUGUGGUCUUUGUGAGUCGUGCGUACGUGCUUAAGUGCGUAAGCUAGUGCGAGCGGUGGAUGUUUAGGAGUUGAGGUGCUUUAUGGGCUUCUAAGAGGACCGGUCUGGGUAGGUUGGUUGUGAGUAGAAGCAGUCGAUAGUGUUGGAGUGGAAAUGGCUGUGAGGCGCGCGUAUUCAGAGUCUGCGAAGGACGUGUAGUGGUUGCGGAGGCCGGAAGAGGUCCGGCGGUCCUUGCAUCAGCGGGGCCCUGACAACGAAGGGACAGGGAUGGGCUGUGCGAAGUCCAAACCUAGGGUACCUCAAGAGGAAUCAGAAAGCCCCAAGGAGAAGCAGAGCAGCCACAGUGGCAGCACUCGGACGUCAGUGCGACGGCCAAGCGCGAGCGCGAAGGUCGAGACUACGGACCUGGGACCUGUGAUCGACAAGGAGAAAGAUCGGCCCAAGGUUCGGGCAAGGCAUAAUGGGACGCAGUUGACCCAGCUGAAAUCGGAGGAUGCAGCCGAGGGUAGAAGACGAGGGGACAGAACACAUGGGGAAUCUCACCCUCGUUCGGGUAUGGUUCCAAAGAACUUGGAAGGGGAGCAGAUAGCAGCGGGAUGGCCAAGCUGGCUCUCUCAGGUGGCGGGAGAGGCCAUCAAGGGGUGGAUACCUCGGCAUGCUGCAUCAUUCGAGAAGCUAGACAAAAUUGGACAGGGAACCUACAGCAAUGUGUACAAAGCUCGGGAUCUAGAGACAGGGAAGAUUGUGGCUCUCAAAAAGGUGCGCUUCGACAACCUGGAACCAGAGAGUGUACGUUUCAUGGCACGAGAGAUUCAGGUUCUGAGACGCCUGGAUCACCCAAACGUGGUGAAGCUGGAGGGCUUGGUGACUUCUCGAAUGUCUUGCAGCCUCUAUUUGGUAUUCGAGUAUAUGGAACACGAUCUAGCUGGGCUGGCCGCAUGUCCGGGUAUAAUGUUCACAGAAGCCCAGGUUAAGUGUUACUUGCAGCAGUUGCUCCGAGGAUUAGAGCACUGUCAUCGGCAGGGUGUGCUGCACCGGGACAUCAAAGGGUCCAAUCUAUUGUUGGACAACGGCGGUGUGCUGAAAAUUGCAGAUUUUGGGCUGGCAACUUUCUUCAAUCCAGACCAGAAGCAGCCUUUAACAAGUCGCGUGGUGACUUUAUGGUACCGCCCCCCUGAGCUGCUGCUGGGAGCGACGGAGUAUGGUGUGUCCGUGGAUCUUUGGAGUACGGGGUGUAUAUUGGCGGAGCUGCUAGCGGGCAAACCUAUAAUGCCCGGACGAACGGAGGUGGAACAAUUGCACAAGAUCUUUAAGUUGUGCGGUUCCCCAUCCGAGGAGUAUUGGAAGAAGUCGAAAUUGCCGCAUGCGACGAUAUUCAAGCCUCAACAACCAUACAAGCGGUGUCUUAAUGAGGUGUUCAAAGAGUUUCCAGCAUCUUCCCUUGCUUUGCUGGAUACUCUUUUGGCCAUCGAACCUGCGGAUCGUGGAAGCGCUACUCAAGCUUUAGCCAGCGAGUUCUUCACGACGAAGCCUCUUGCUUGUGACCCUUCAAGCUUGCCGCAAUACCCUCCGAGCAAGGAGUUCGAUGCCAAGAUUCGGGACGAUGAGGCUCGCAGGCAAAGAGCACAGGGAUCUAGAGCAAGGAACUCGGAGAUGAAGCGUUCAGGCACUCGGGAGCGUGUAAUUCGACCGGGCGGUGCCCCGGAGGCGAAUGCGGAGCUUGCCGCUUCUUUAGCAUAUAGACGUAGUCGGCCAGGUCAAAAUAAAAGCAAGAGUGAGAAAUUCGGUCCCCUUCACGAAGACAAAGCCGUUGCUUAUCCCAUGUACCACGCCCAAUCACGAGCAACCCAAACAUUCACGGGAGUGCAAGGUACAUCGCCAGUGACGCUUGGCCGACAGUACGGUAUCCCUUCCGCAGCAACACGCUCGGGACCGCAGGCUCCUCUGAGUGGCAGCGUAGGAGGUGGGUCGUGGAACAAGAAGCACAGAGACGACGACGGUCGGAGCGGAUCUCGUUCAAUGUCUCGACCAAGCAAGUCGAUUACAGUGUCAGACCUACACCAAGGAAACUACUCCCAUGGGGCGGACAAGUGGAGCCUAUCGAGUGCAGCCGGCAGCAGAAACGGGCCUAGUGGCAAUCACUACAGGGAUCGAGGUGCAGGAAGGACCCGCGAUGGCGAUGCUGGACACAUGGAAGGGGCCGAAGGGUUGAGCAGGCGGGGCGACAGAUUCGAAGCGGCUCACAAGAACGAUUUGUCCAAGCGAGAAGGCAGUUACAAGCACGAUCAGCCUUACACGGUCGCAAUCGAUGGGCCACACAGACGGGACGUAGCCUCAGUUGACCCUCAUUCAAGGGACUCGAUGUCCAAGGUUCCAAUUGCGGGAUACCAGAAUAAGCAAGAGCGGAUGUAUCAUUCUGGACCUCUCCUUCAUCCAGGUUACUCAGGAGCGUCGGCCGUAGAUUUCGAUUUGGAAGAGCAUGGUCGACGGGUAAAACUAUUAGGGAAGCGAGCGACUGAUAAGGAGAAUGGCGUGCGAGGAGAGUAUCGGGGCAAAAAGGAAGCGGAGACGGGGGAGAUUGUGGAAACUGAGAGCGGUUUCGGUCUGAGCUCGGAGAAGUGAAAAACGAAGAGCUUGAGCUUGCGACUUCACCUGUAGUGGCCAGUUGGGGGCAGCGAAGGGUAGCAUUUAGGGACUUUGAACGGCGGUGGACCAUUUUUUUGGGCUAGGGUUGAGGCGAUGUGCAUCCGUGUUUGCGGUUGCGAACGAAAAACAUCUCAGUUCUAGGAGAUGAUUCUUAGUUGUGCACGGGUUUGCCCGUCUGCUGACACUUGCGCCCCUUUCCUUGGGGGACCUACUCCAACUCCAUCUCUAAUUGGCGUUCGAGCAUUUGAACCAAAGUGAGUUUGACGUUGGGAUCCGUUAGAAACUACAAGUUUUUGGUUCUAUAGGUUGAUUGACGCCGGUCGGGCAAAAGGAAUGUCACAGUCGCGUCCACUCCGACUGGCGGUUGUACUGUAGGGAUCCAUCUUGUCAGAGCGGCCUCCGCAUGUUUGGCCCUCUAAAUGGAGGUAUUUUCUCGCAAUAUUCUACACGACUAAUUGAUGUUUUGGUAACAAUCCCACGCA